UUUCCCCAAAGAAAAUCUUUCGGUUUUUUUCUUCUUUUUCCCAACUUUCUCUAAACUUUCUAUGAGGAAAAUAUAAAAAAGGAAAAUCUCAAGGAUUAAAGGCUAGUAAAGAAAAGGCUGCCCAGAAAUACUGAAGGAAAGAAACAAUCAGAAUAAUCAGCUAAUAAUAAGCAAAUGAGCAUAACUUUACCAAUGAAGUUGUUAUUGCCUUUAACAACUCCAAUCAGAAUUCCAUCUUCUUCUUAUUACACUUCUUUUCUCUCUUCUGCAAACCCUAAUUUUACUUUCUCCUCUUCUUCUCAUCACUCACGUACUUUCAGAAGAAACCCACAUUUUUUCUCCAAGAAAAAGGGAUUCUGUUUUUAUGUACUGGUUUAGUGGAUUUGUGUGCAUACAAGAAGAGAUCAAGAGAUGGAUGGCUAUAGAUAUGAAGAGGAGAAUGCAGUUUGCUUAGUUAGUUCUGAUGAAGAUACUGGGAUGCAAAUUCCUACACAAGUCCAAUCUAUUGUGGAAGGAUCAGGGGCAGUUACGGUUUCAAAGUUGAAACCGGUUCCUGAUGUAGAUUAUUUGCAGGAGUUAUUAGCAAUUCAGCAACAAGGGCCUAGAUCUAUUGGGUUUUUUGGAACUCGGAAUAUGGGAUUUAUGCACCAAGAGCUCAUUGAGAUUCUUAGUUAUGCAUUAGUUAUAACUAAAAACCAUAUUUUCACAUCAGGUGCAUCAGGUACUAAUGCAGCUGUCAUCAGAGGUGCUUUAAGAGCAGAGAAACCAGAGUUGCUUACAGUAAUAUUACCACAGAGCUUGAAGAAACAACCUCCUGAGAGUCAGGAAUUGUUGGAAAAGGUGCAAACUGUGAUAGAGAAGCCCUAUAAUGAUCAUCUACCUUUGAUAGAAGCCAGCAGGCUGUGUAAUAGGGACAUCAUUUCACAUGUACAGCAAGUCAUUUGCUUUGCCUUCCAUGAUAGCAAGUUGUUGAUGGAAACAUGCCAAGAAGCCAAGAAUCUCAGAAAAAUUGUGACUCUUUUUUACCUGGACUGAAACAUUGCCUUCUAAUGUCUAUAUAAAUCAUUUAGAGACAGAGCUUUUGCCUGUAAAUUAUACAUAUUGGUUAACCAUUUUCCCCUCUGUAGAGUCAACAAUGAGAAUGGGGGGCUAGUUUUCUCCUCCUCUCAUUGCAGGUAAAGUGGAUUUCUUAUUGGUUCAUUGAAUAUAUUGGAAGGAAAUAAUUAUAAAUGCA